GGGGAUCAGUAUUUCUCCAUUAAGGAGGAUCCUUUAGAUCCUUUGCAGCCAGGCAGGGAGGCAGAAGACUAGCACGGGCUAGUCGCCAGGGCCGGGAAUGCCCGAGCAGAUGUGGAAGCAGCUGGAAAGGUGGCACUGCUCUUGGUCGCUGAAGCUCCAGCUGUUCCUAGGAGACGGGGAGAAGCUAGCCUGCGGGGGAGGGGGAGCAAGUGGGUUGCUGCUUUUAGCGGCUGAAAGGGCUGCAGGGAGCUCUGGGUAAGACAUUUUCUGCUGCUGUCGCUUCUGCGGUAGAAACUGCCGGAGUAAGGCAGAGGAAGGAGGAUCCAGAGGGAAGAGGUUUCGGUUGCAGCCAUGCUGAAUCACUAUUGCCGAUCAGAUCUCUAGCGGGCUACUGGGAGAGCCAGCCCAGAGAGCAGCGCUAAUUCCCGGUACAUGCACAGUUCGGUAGCUACUACCCCUGCUGGGCCUCCCACAAUGGAGGGCGAAAGCAUCAAGCCGAGCUCUCAGCCAACAAUACCGGAUAAGGAUGAUAAGAACCCAAAGACAGUCACUGUCAACCCUGCCCACAUGGGAAAGGCCUUUAAGGUCAUGAAUGAACUGCGAAGGUGACAUGUCCGAGAGUAAAGCCAAGAAGAUUGAAAUCAAGGAUGUAGAUGGGCAGACACUCAGUAAGCUGAUCGACUACAUCUAUACUGCAGAAAUUGAGGUGACUGAAGAGAAUGUACAGGUGCUCCUGCCCGCAGCUAGCUUGCUACAGCUCAUGGACGUUCGACAGAAUUGCUGUGAUUUUCUGCAGUCUCAGUUGCAUCCCACCAACUGCCUGGGCAUCCGUGCAUUUGCUGAUGUGCACACCUGCACUGACCUCCUGCAGCAGGCCAAUGCCUAUGCAGAGCAGCACUUCCCGGAGGUAAUGCUGGGGGAAGAGUUUCUUAGCUUAAGUCUGGACCAGGUAUGCAGCUUGAUAUCCAGUGACAAGCUGACUGUCUCUUCAGAAGAGAAGGUGUUUGAAGCUGUGAUUUCCUGGAUCAAUUAUGAGAAAGAAACUCGCUUAGAGCACAUGGCCAAGUUGAUGGAACAUGUCCGACUCCCUCUCUUACCAAGGGAUUACCUAGUCCAGACAGUUGAAGAGGAAGCUUUGAUAAAGAAUAACAACACCUGUAAGGAUUUCCUCAUUGAGGCCAUGAAAUACCACCUGCUCCCCCUGGAUCAGAGACUCCUGAUCAAGAACCCCAGGACCAAGCCCCGGACUCCAGUCAGUCUGCCCAAGGUCAUGAUUGUGGUUGGUGGCCAGGCACCCAAGGCGAUCCGCAGUGUGGAAUGCUAUGAUUUUGAGGAGGACCGCUGGGAUCAGAUCGCUGAGCUUCCCUCCAGGAGAUGUAGAGCAGGUGUGGUGUUCAUGGCUGGCCAUGUAUAUGCUGUGGGUGGGUUUAACGGCUCUCUGCGGGUGCGGACAGCAGAUGUAUAUGAUGGCGUGAAGGACCAGUGGACCUCCAUUGCCAGCAUGCAGGAGCGCCGGAGUACUCUGGGUGCAGCAGUGCUCAAUGACCUUCUCUAUGCAGUUGGAGGCUUUGACGGCAGUACUGGCUUGGCAUCAGUAGAAGCCUACAGCUACAAGACCAACGAGUGGUUCUUUGUGGCCCCAAUGAACACACGGCGGAGCAGCGUGGGAGUGGGUGUUGUAGAAGGGAGGUUGUAUGCUGUUGGGGGUUAUGAUGGAGCUUCCCGCCAGUGCCUGAGCACCGUGGAGCAGUACAACCCAGCGACAAACGAGUGGACCUAUGUGGCAGACAUGAGCACCCGACGCAGUGGCGCAGGGGUUGGGGUGCUCAGCGGACAGCUGUAUGCCACAGGGGGGCAUGAUGGGCCCUUGGUGAGGAAGAGUGUUGAAGUUUACGAUCCUGGGACAAACACCUGGAAGCAGGUGGCAGACAUGAACAUGUGUCGACGCAAUGCAGGGGUCUGUGCAGUGAAUGGGCUCCUGUAUGUGGUUGGAGGGGAUGAUGGAUCCUGCAACCUGGCAUCAGUAGAGUACUAUAAUCCAGUCACUGACAAAUGGACACUGCUGCCCACCAACAUGAGCACUGGGCGGAGCUAUGCAGGUGUUGCUGUGAUUCACAAAUCCUUAUGACCCAAAUUCCCACUGCCAGGAGGCAGAAGAAGGAGCAGGUGCUGCCUGUGACUUGGAGCAGCCAGACCAUGAUAACUGAUGAGACUGUGAGGGUCUGCAGUGGUGUGAGACCCACCCUCCUUGUCUUGGCAGACUGGCGUUCCUCUCAGUGUGGACACUGAUGACCCACCUUCUGCUCCCUGAGGUGCUUUGGCUUCUGCCCUGAGCAGUGGGUUUCCUGACAGCCCUAGCAGGACCUUUGAGCUUUUCUUUUUCUGUUCUGUUUCCUUCCUUCCUUCCUUCCUUCCUUCC